AUGGAGGACGACUUGUCCGCACUCGUCGCUGCAUCAAGGCUGGAGACUGUAUUCCUCCCUUGGUGCGUGCAGCAUUACUUCUACAAUCCACAGUCCCCCGUCGCCACACGACAUGAGAUAUGGGACGCCCAAGAGGAAAUUGGGCGUGGCGCGUCGGGUGUGGUCCGCAAGGAGCAACUUAGAGCCACGCAAUGCGAGGAGACACAGUAUGCCCCGUAUUUUGUCGGCAUCUUCGGAUGGUUUGAGAACGACGAGUCAAUUUUCAUCGCGAUGGAGUAUUUGCCGGCCGGUGACCUUGAGCAAUACAGACUUGAUUCAGGCCGGUUUUCUGAGUCGGAUACCAGCUGUAUCGUACGGCAGCUUGUGCACGGGGUUCGGCAUAUGCACGAAAAUGGUUUCACACACCGGGACCUCAAGCCUGGUAACAUCCUCUUAUCAACCACUACUCCGACUUGGAGGAUCAAGAUUGCCGACUUUGGCAUCAGCAAGCAGGUUCUCCAUGGCGUCACGCACCAAAACACGGUAAACCUGUUUGGGACGGUUGGCUGCGCGGCGCCGGAGGCCCUGGGAUACGGCAGCGAGGACGGCGUGACCAUCACCUACACCGUGUCCGUUGAUAUGUGGGCCGUCGGCGUCAUUGCCCUGACCUUGCUAUUGGGACGUGUCGUCUUUCCAAACCCCGCGCGAUAUUCUGAUUACGUUGAACGGAGAAGGCCACUCGACUUUUCGCGGGACGGGGACGACGAGUUGACUGAACUUUGUCGGGACUUCAUCAGCAAGCUGCUGGCCCCAGAUCCCAUCCUCCGACCCACCGCCAUCGCUACGCUUGCCCACCCAUGGCUUAGAAGGGCUGUGACACCGUCACCCGGUCCCAAUGCAAUGUCUUAUUCCCCCGAACCCAAAAUUGAAUAUCCCUCGCCUGCAGUUGAUGAACUCGGCAUCAAAAUUGAGGACGGGUGCCACAUCAAAAAAAGACAGCCGUCGCGACCGGACACAAAGCCAGAAGUCAAGCAGGAGACCAAAGCAGGUCUAGAUUUAUACCCAACAAAGAAUGAAGCCACAAUCGAGCGAAUCCACACCUGUCUUGCCCUCGAUAGCAUCCUCCUUAGCCGGAGAUUUCGCGGGCUUUCCUUUGGCAAGUGCGGCCCACGGCGUGUGGACUUCCAGCCCGCGCGUAACAAGAUCCUGGACAAGGCGUUCGCCCAAUCCAUGGGGAAUGUAGUCAUGUUUUUUUCAGUCAUUCUAAGCCGAAAAUUCUGCGGCGUUGCGCGCAUGACCUCGCCCCUGGACUGGGUCAACACCGACCCGCACUGGAUCGAAGACGUCUGGCAGGGGAGGUUCAUGAUGGAGUGGCUUAGCCACGCCGUGCUCUCAUUUGACCUUGUCAAGCAUGUGCCGGUUAAAGAGACUACGCCCAGGUUCAGGGCCAUUGCGUGCUAUGAUGGCACUGAAAUUUCGAGGGGCAGUGCGUGGGAGCUGUUGCGCGCUUAUAGUGCGGAGGAGAGGCUAAUGGGAUUGUGA